UCUUGACAACCCAUGUUUCAUCAUUGCCCUCUAGUCACUUAAUUAUAUGUAAUAAAUGGCAAAUGCUAGAAAUAAUUAUGAACACUUCAAAAAACUACAGAAAUUAUCACAGAAUAAAUUGAACUUGGAAGAGAAAAGUUAACUGCAAUUCAUACUCCCAAGUUUAAUUUCUUAGUUUUGUUGUCCCAGAUAAUUCUCAGAUAAGCAUUUGGUUCUACAUCCAUGGAGGCCAAUAAGUUUGCAACCAUGUUGAAGAGGAAAAGUCCCAGGUUCGUUCUAGUUCUAGUCUAUGCAGUCCUCGAAUGGGUGCUGUUAAUACUCCUCCUGCUCAACUCUUUUUUCAGUUACUUGAUCACAAAGUUUGCCAACUAUUUUGGCCUCAAACCACCUUGUCCCUGGUGUUCUUCUAGAGUUGAGCACAUGUUGGAACCACAAAAGUCUUACUCAGAUCUUGUAUGUGAGAUCCAUGCCAAUGAGAUAUCUAAACUGGGUUACUGUCUCAAUCAUAAAAGACUGGCUGAAUCACAUAGUAUGUGUGGGAACUGCUUUUCUUCUCAACCAAAUUGCAGAGAAAAUUCUACUCAAAGUAGGAUGGAUUUGAUUUCAUUGCUGGGUGACAAAUAUCAGAAGAAACCUUCCAUCUGUUCUUGCUGCAGUAAGAGCUUCAACACCAAACUCUCUCCUCUUUCAUUGGAGUAUGCUCACAAAGGAGAUUCAAAUAUAGAAGCAGUGCAUGAUGACAACAAUGAAGGCACAACCAAACCUGAUAGCAUGUCAGUCCACAGCGAAAAUGGCUAUGAGAUGGAGACAACUUCUAGCUUAAGAGACACUACUGCAGAAGAAAACUGUCGAAAUGAAAGUAAGAAACUUGUCCAUCAAUCUUCCAAUGCUACUACCAUUGAGUACUGUUGCCUUCAAGAAGAUCACUCUCUUGACACUACCCCCCUUCCUUCUGAGAGUGGUAUGGUCUGUGAUCUUGGUUGCAGCCUGAUUCCUACUGAUUUGAUUGAUUUUUCAACUACAAUAGACGAAGGACUCAUAAACAGCUUAAAAGAUCAGGAACAUCAUGAUCAUGAACAAGGAAGUUUUGAUUCCAAGUCAAAGAUUGAAUUGGAAGAUCAACUCUCACGGGAAGCAGCAUUACUCAUGGUAACUAAGAGUGGAGCAAAUACAAGUAAUGGAGGACUUAAGAGCUUGGAGAUGGCCAAGGGAUUUACUGAUGCUUCAUCUAUUGAACAAGUGGAAAAGCGAAAUCUAGAGUUGGUUGGCAUGCUAUGUGAUGAUUUGGUCACUGCUCCAGAAGCUCAAACUUCGUUCGUUGACACUGAACAACUAACAAAUACCAAAGAACCUAACGAUCCACCAGAAUGUGAAGAAGAGAGAAUUUUGGCCGUCAUUUCAAGAAAUCUGUCAAACACAAAAGGGUCACACCAUGCAGCCGAUCAGCCUCAAGCUCACAAGGAUUCUUCACUGCCAUUCCUUGAAAUAUCCAAUGUGCCAGCUCACAGUGAUGUCGGUACAGGGCCUACAGGAAAAUCAGUGUUGCAAGACAAAACAAGUAGAACUAAAAAUGCUCAAGAAGUCAACCAUUUUUGCAUGUGUUCAGAGCCUAGUGAACCUGAGGAAGAGAGGUUGGUAUGCGGACAAAAUUGUAUAAACACUAUCCAUUACUUGUACAAAAAGCCGAAUGGAAAUGGAGAAUGUGGGGCAGAUGAUGGGAGUGUGGCAAGUGUGACGAAUGGUGGAGAACCUGUAACAACCGUUGAAGAGCUCAAAGCAGCAUUGAAGGCUGAAAGUAAAGCUUUAAGUGCUUUAUAUUCAGAACUAGAGGAAGAGAGAAGUGCGUCUGCAGUAGCUGCCAACCAGACUAUGGCUAUGAUAACAAGGCUUCAAGAAGAGAAGGCAGCAAUGCAGAUGGAGGCAUUGCAAUAUCAGAGAAUGAUGGAAGAACAAUCUGAGUAUGAUCAGGAAGCCUUGCAACUUUUGAAUGAGUUGAUGAACAAAAUGGAGAGGGAAAAACAAGAGCUAGAGAAAGAAUUGGAAAUAUAUCAGAAGAAAGUCCUGGAUUAUGAGGAAAAAGAGAAGAUAAGGGUCAUGAGCAGAAUCAAAUAUGGAAGUAUGAGAAGUAGAAAUUCUUCUGCUUCCUGCAGCCAAUCUUGGGAUAGUGAUGCGCUAUCCAUUGAUCUCAAUUGUGAAGCAAGGGAUGAAGAUAGUUCUUUCCCUCAAGAAUGCAGUAACAACACCAAUAAUCCAGAUGAUGCAGAAGCUCUAAGCUUGGAAGAAAUGGCUCUGGAUUGUGUUAAGCAGAUGAGCAUUCUUGAUAACUCAUUGGCAGGCUUCCAGGAAGAGAGGUUGUCAGUUCUGGAUCAGCUUAAAGCAUUGGAAGAUAGGCUAGUAGUGUUGAGUGAAAAUGAGAACUGCUCUCAGGAUGCUAAUUUAGUCGAGAAUUGCUCAAACUACAGUACCAAAAACAUUGAAGAAAAUCAUGAUUUCAGCAGUCCAGAAGAAAAACAAAUAUCAGAUGAGAAAAUAACAUUGGCUUCCAUGGCAAAGAGGCUUCUUCCACUUUUGGGUGUAGCAGCUGAGGAUAAUGAAACUGAAGCAGGUUUAACAAAUGAAAAACAAGUCAGAACUGAAUCUAUUGCAAUGCAUAACUCGGUGACGAAUUCUGAAUUGCAUGAUACCAGAAUAGCCAUUGAGGAGGAGGUGGAUCAUGUUUAUGAGAGGCUACAAGCUCUUGAAAAAAGUAAUUUGGAGAAGGGGAUGGAUCUUCUUCAAGAGAGCUUGCAACAUCUCCGGGAUUUGAGGGAUGUUGAACUCUGCAUAAGAAACAUUAAUGUUCCUGUGGAUGAAGCUGCAGGUAAUUGAAAUGAGAAGAUAAGAGGUGCAUAAAGCAACUCCAUAAUCUGCAGCCGAAGCUGUAACUAGCAUGUCUUUCGGGCUCAACUGGUACAAGAAUGAUCAAUUGAUGUCAAAGAAUUUGCAAGAGCUCCUUGAUGAUUGCUGCAUUUACCUAGCACAGGUGAAAAGGAGCAUAUGUGUGUUUGUGUGUACACCUAAUAUGAUUCUUUGAUUACUGUCCCUAUCACAGGCGCAGUUACUUCAGACCCACUCAAGCUGAGUCCUUUUGGUUUUCCUUUACUAAUUUCUCUCAUUGCAGCUAGCUAUUCUCUCUUUUUUUUUUUUUUUUGUGGAAUCUCUCAUUGCAGCUAGCUAUUCUCUCUUGUUCUUUAGUCUCUAUCAUGAACUACUAUAUUUGAUUACAUCAUGUCUUCUGCAUCUGGAAGCUGGACUAGUCUUUGUAAAUCAAUAUGAAUGGCACCCGGUGGGUUGUUUUGAA